AUGGAAGGAGGUAAUACCUAAGGAACGACGCGAUCAAAUCCUAACUGAAUGCCACUCUGAACCCACUGCCGGUCACUUCGGUGUAUUUAAAACCUACAAACGCUUGACACUUCGAUUCUAUUGGCCUGGUAUGUACGCGGAUGUUGUUAAUUUCGUCUCUAGCUGUGAUAUCUGCCUAGCCUACAAACAAUCUACCCACGGCACUAUAGGUAAAAUGGGUAGACCUAAACAGGUUUCACGGCCCUUCCAGAUGCUAUCCAUAGAUUUUUUAGGUCCACUGCCGACUAGUAGAAAGCAACAUAGUUACUUGUUAGUUGUAGUUUGCUGUUUUUCUAAAUACACUAUGUUGUUUCCUGUAAGGCGUGCAACCUCGGAAUCUGUCAUCCGGAUUUUGGAAAAUGAUGUUUUCCUAGUCCAUGGCAUACCACAGUUUAUUCUCAUGGAUAAUGCUUCUUAUUUUAGUAGUAAUGAUUUAAACUCAUUUUUCAAUAAAUAUAAAAUACCUAACAUUCACUUCACACCUAAAUACACACCACAAGUGAACACGGUGGAACGAUACAAUAAAACUGUUAUCACAAGCAUAGCAUCGUUCAUUGAAAAUGAUCAUAGAGCAUGGGAUGUUAACUUACCGAAAAUUCAGUUCGCUAUAAAUAGUUCCGUGAACGAAACUACUAACUACACCCCAAAUUUUUUAGUCUAUGGCAGAGAACUAGUAGCUUGUGGUUCUCACUAUACACACUCUGAUGAAGCUGACGAGAUUUCAUUUCUUCCUAGGGACAUUUACUGUGAAAAUAUAGGUCAUCUUGCAAAAAUAUUUAAUGACGUACAAAAAUCACUAUGGGAAGCUCAUGUUAAAAAUACUAAGCAAUAUAACCUGCGUAGGAAAGAAACUGAAUUUAACGUCAACGACAUAGUAUGGAAACGAACCUAUGUACAAAGUGAUAAGGAUCGUUACUUUAGUAAAAAACUAGCACCUAAAUUUGUUAAAUGUCGAAUAGUUGCUAAACUAUCUCCACUAGUGUACCAGCUACAGGAUAUGAACGGUCAAGAUCUUGGUACUUGGCAUGUAAAAGAUUUUAAAGCAUUUAAAAACCAAUUAAUAGUUUAGAAUUAAAACAAAAAGAUAAUAAAAUAAACAAUUUUAAUUUAUUAGCACUAAUGGUAAAAAAAAAAUUAAUAAAUCAUGCAAUUAUCUUAAAUACACUACUCUACUAAUACUAACUUAAUUAGUUAUACAACAUUAUAACUAUACAAAUAUUUACACUUUACAUUAAUUACACAAAUUACACUUAAAACUAGUUAUGUAAAUAUUUACUCAACUUAUUACCAAACACACCUCAAACUUAAAAUUAAAUAAAUAAUAUAUUAUAAUUAAAUUAUGAAUAAUUGAUCCUAAGCCUUAAAUUAACUAAUUAUUGAAUUUACUAUUUACUUAUGAUACAACAAAGUACUUACCUGCUGAUUAUACUUUACCAUCCAUCCAACUUAUCGAUUGAAUAUUACAACAGCUACACGUGCAAUAUUCUCCGAAUUACUGUCCUGAGUAGUUAUACUAAAUUAUUAUAAUAAUUACUCUGUAUGUUAGUGUCUUAUGUCAUAACCAUUACAGACUAGAAGACAAUGUGAAAGAAAUUCUGGAAGAGAGGUAUGAAAGUGUGAAUGUGGAAGUAUGAAUGAGAGGACAGUGUUCUCGAAGAGUGGAGUCAGUCGGAUUUUUCGCAUUAGGUACGAAAAAUCCUACGUUUUUUGGCGGGGUACUGUAACGUUGUAACUUGUUCCCUAAAAAUUAAAUAAAUAUUUAACGCGGAACCCGCAAGUGCAGUGCGCGGACGGCUACCGAACCUACUCCUAGAAACUGGUUUUGCACACGGGCCGCGACGCGCGGCGGCCGGCGCGGCGCGCGCGGACUCACUCACUACACGGACUCGGCACCGACGGUUCGUUUUUCGAUACAGAAACUGAAAUAGCCGCACUACGCGUCCUUAAAUUAACCCAACCUAUUUAAAAUUCAAGUGUGCUAGUGCUCCAUAAGGACCCGCUGGGGUCCGCUGCAUAGGCACUGAGCUCAACGGCCCUCCUUCUACCUGGUGCAACGCUCUAACGCCGAGGAGCUGCCUCUGGAGCACGUCGUUAACCUGCCUGACGGAACCCCAGAAGGCCACGGACUUCCUCCUGGAGCAGGCCAGUCUCGUUUGUCCUAACUCAUCUGCAGGGUGCGUGCGGUGGUAAA